AUGGCAACACAACCCCCCAAGAAUGCCCCAAAAGCUGCUAUACCGAGAACAUCAUCCGCAAACAUGGCUGCUGCUCAGUCUGCAAAGCCCAAGUCGGCCUCCAAGGCCAACUCUACGCCAAGGACCAAGACUCAGCUGCAUCGCCGUUCACGGACAGGAUGCUACACUUGCCGGUUAAGGCGAAAAAAGUGCGAUGAAGGCAACCCGCUCUGCACCGCCUGCAAGAAUCUCGGACUCUGCUGCGAAUACAAGAGGCCAAUGUGGUGGAGCAAUAACGAAGCCCGGAAGCAACACAAGGACGACAUUAAGGAGAUCAUCAAGCGCAAGAAGCUCGCCGGAAAAUCCACACAAACGAUCCAGACCACCAUCACAACUCCUCCCGGCCUAUCACACUCUCUUCCCACCUCCGCUACCCUCUCAGAUCCGCUCGAUCGAGGCCGAUCUGGAUCAAUUGACUCUCACUUCUCCGGCGCCUUCAACUUCAACAGCCCGCCAACGGAGUACGAUGCAUUCAACUCCACUCCUCAAUUACACCCUAGCUUCAUGUUUGGUGCGCCCUUCUACCCUUAUGAGAUUGACGUCAAGACUGAGAGGCAAAUGUAUGUCAACGACGUUCCCACACUCAAGGAAUCCACCGUCUCAACCUUUAGCACAAUACACACCCCUCCACCCCCGGGCACAGUUCUCUCAUCUGGCGAGUGGGCCGAGCAGGUUCUCGAGGAGAAGACUGAGUCCUUCACUGAGGAGACCAUCAACCCUCACUUCUUCGACUUCUCCCAUGGUCCACCCAUGACUUCUCGCCAGGUGGCGAUCGAAUUGGAUGAGACUGAUCAGAGACUCCUGGAUCACUUCAUCCAAUCCGUCCUGCCCUCAAUUUUCCCUAUCCUCGACACCAACCAACACGGUUCUGUUGGAUCCGACCUCGUCCUCCCUGCUCUUCAGACCAACAGGUCCUAUCUCCACUGCUGCCUCGGCAUUGCCGCCCAGCACCUCAAGGCUACAACCAACAUCCCCGCCGAGGAGAUUGACCAGGACAUCAUGAGGCAUCGCUAUGCCACCAUCUCUACUCUCUGCGAGGCGCUCAACCGCGACGAGGACCAUCAGCAGAUCCUCGAGGCCACUCUCGGCCUCAUCUUUUUCCAAUCCAUCGUCGGCAACCUUGACGAUGGUCUUCCCGAUAUCCCAUGGCACCAGCACUUCCAGGCCGCAGUCAGCCUCGUCCAGAAGCUUGACUUGCCCACCCUGGUCGCGGACCCGAACGAGGUCCACGCGCCGACUCCUUUCAACAUGACUCUCACCUCGUGGAUUGACAUUAUCGGUGCAGCGAUGCAGGGUCAGGCACCCGUCUUCGCUCACACCUUCCGCGAGAAGCACCUCUCUAGCUACCCCAGCCUUGGGCUCCGUGAGCUCAUGGGAUGUGAUGACAGGGUCAUGUACCUCAUCUCCGAGAUCGCUUGUCUCGAGGCGCUCAAGCGCGAUGGCAUGGAUGACAUGAUUCUCUGCCAGCACGUUCAUGCACUCGGCGACCAGAUUGGUCUCACCGAGAUGGGCGAGUCUGGGCCCAAGAUGCCCUUCAAUGCCAAUGGAACCCUCUCCCCUAAGCAGCUCUCCAAGAACAUGACUGCUGCCUUUAGGCUCGCGGCUCGCAUUUAUCUCUGCAGCCUCGUCCCUGGGUUCAACCCCGGACAGACCUCCUGCAUCGGCCUCGUUGAGAAGCUCACUGGUGUUCUUCAGCACAUCCCGUCAGGCCCUCUAGGUUUCGAUCGAAGCCUCGUCUGGGUCUACCUCGUCGGCGGCUCGGUCAGCCUUCCCGGUAGCACUUUCAGGGCGUUCUUCGACGACCGCAUGGCUCAGCUUGCCGACAUGGGCAACUUCGGCGCCAUGGGCCGCGUCGCAGCUCUCCUUAGGGAGGUCUGGGAGCACACUGAUGCCCAAUCCAAGGUUGGCACUCCUACCUCGGACGGUGGUGAGGUGGUACCCUACGUCCACUGGCGAGAAAUCAUGCAAGUCAGAGGCUGGGACUUCCUUCUCUUGUAA